AUGGCCUCCUCUGACUCUCUACCUCUUCCUUCCUCUUCUUCCUCCUCUUCUUCUCUCUCUACUUUUUCGGCUUCUGCCAUUCCCUCCCACCACAUCGCCACUCUCAUCCCUGUCAAACUCAACAGAGAUAACUAUCUUCUCUGGAAAUCCCUCUUCACUCCCAUUCUGCAGAAUGCUGACCUCUAUGGCCUUCUUGAUGGUUCUGACCAAUGCCCACCCCAAUUUCUUCCUACCCUUGAAUCUAAUCCCGCUUAUCCUACAUGGGUUGCCAGAGAUCGUACCUGCAAAAUUUGGCUCCAUGCUGCCAUCUCUGAGUCUGUUCUCCCUUAUACAGUCGGUUGCUCCUCCGCCCAAUCUCUCUGGGACAACCUCGAGAAACGCUUCUCUGCCAUCACUCGCUCCCAUAUCCUUCAGCUUAAGGGUCAGCUCCAAACCCUGAAAAAGGGAUCUGACCCGAUGAUGCUCUAUCUUGAAAAAAUCAAGGCUCUUGCCGACGGUCUAGCCGCCGCCGGGGCUCCCCUUGCCGAUCUUGACCUUAUUGCUCACAUUCUUCGUGGCCUCCCACCUGAGUAUGACUCUUUUGGUACUUCGAUCAGAGUCCGCUCUGACCCCAUCGACCCUGAUGCUCCAAAACUUGAUUUCAUCAAUGAUUGGACUACUGAAGUUUCCACUAAUUCAAUUUGA